GCGUCCAUAUUGCUGUACGGAAGUGGAUCAACCGAAAGGGAACGUGUUUUCUGCACGGACACAUUUGGCUGUGUGAACAGGAAUAGUCAUGGCCUUCAACUUUGGCGGCGCUGGUACCAACCCUGCAAGCACUUCCGGAUUUUCAUUUGGUUCAUUUGCUGCCAAAACAACAGCACCUUCAGCUUUUGGCUUUGCCACGACCACCACCACUGCCUCAUCUGGAUUUGGUAGUCUUGCAACCCCUGGUUUUGGUACAACCACAACCGCGUCUACCCCUGCUGGUUUUGGUGGCUUUGGCACCACCACCACAGGAUUUGGGGGGCUGGGAGCCGGAGGCACCACAGCUGGUGCUUUUGGUGGUUUUGGGACGACCACUACGUCAGCUGCUGCGCCUGGAUCCACUUUCAGCUUUGCUGCUCCCACAAGUACAACAGGAGGACUGUUUGGUAACACCCAGAACAAGGGCUUCGGGUUCUCUUCUGGGCUUGGAACUGGCACCACUGCUACAGCUGGGUUUGGAACUGGUCUGGGGACAACUCUAGGAGGUGGAUUUGGGGGUUUUAAUAUCCAACCACAGCAGCAGCAAGGAGGCCUGUUUGGGCAGCAGGUCCCGGCCCAGUCUAAUCAGCUCGUCUACACAGCUAACGCCCUGUCUGCCCCCACCCUUCUGGGGGAUGAGAGGGACGGCAUCCUAGCCAAGUGGAACCAGCUCCAGGCCUUCUGGGGAACGGGCAAAGGCUACUUCAACAACCAACUCCCCCCUGUGGACUUCACACAGGAGAACCCUUUCUGCAGGUUUAAGGCGGUGGGAUACAGCUGCAUCCCAGGGAGUAAGGAUGAGGAUGGUCUGGUGGUCCUGGCCCUCAAUAAGAAGGAGGCUGAUAUCCGUAACCAGCAGCAACAGCUAGUCGAGUCUCUUCACAAGGUGCUGGGAGGGAAUCAGACCCUUACUGUCAACGUAGAGGGAGUCAAGGCCCUACCUGAUGACCAGACCGAGGUGGUGAUCUACAUUGUAGAGCGUUCUCCCAACGGCACAUCUAAGAGGAUUCCAGCCACAACACUCUUCAGCUAUGUGGAGCAGGCCAACAUCAAGGCUCAGCUUGCACAGUUAGGGGUGUUCAUGUCUGUUACGCGAACUGAACUUUCACCCGCUCAACUCAAACAGCUGCUUGCUAACCCACCUGCAGGUGUGGAUCCUAUCAUUUGGGAACAGGCGAAAGUGGACAACCCUGAUGCUGACAAGUUUAUCCCUGUUCCAAUGGUUGGCUUCAAAGAGCUCCUUCGCAGACUGAAGAUCCAAGACCAGAUGACCAAACAGCAUCAGAGCAGAGUAGAUAUCAUCUCCAAUGACAUCAGUGAGCUGCAGAAGAACCAGGCAACAACAGUAGCCAAGAUUGCUCAGUACAAGAGGAAGCUGAUGGAUCUCUCUCACAGAGUACUACAGGUGCUGAUCAAGCAGGAAAUUCAAAGAAAGAGUGGCUAUGCCAUCCAGGUGGAUGAGGAGCACCUCAGAGUCCAGCUGGACACCAUCCAAUCUGAACUCAACGCACCCACGCAGUUCAAGGGGCGUCUGAAUGAGUUGAUGUCUCAGAUUCGGAUGCAGAACCACUUUGGGGCAGCGCGGUCUGAGGAACGAUAUAGUGUGCACGGUGACCUUCUAAGGGAGAUAAGACAGCACUUAAAGCAGCAGCAGGAAGGUCUGAGUCAGCUGAUCAGAGUAAUCAAGGAUGACGUGGAAGACCUCAAACUGAUUGAACAUGGCCUUCUGGACAGAAUCUGUUGACCUAUUUGUCUCCCAGGCCCCACAACAUCCUGAAUUGCUCCCAGCUGACAACCAGAAAAUUGCUAUUCCUUGGCUAGGCAUUUAUGUCUGUUUUAUGGUUUGUCAGUGUACUACUCAAAUUAGUGGUUUCACAGAUGCUGAUUAACCCAUGUCCUGUAUUAAAAAGCAAGCUCAAUGGAGAAUUACCAUACAUGCUUUUUGUUUGAGGUCUGUGUCUCUGAAAUGCCUAAAACCUUUAUUCAUCUUAACUGGAACGUCCACCCUGGAAAAAGAUCCAGGUACUAGUAGACUGGUUGGAAGGGGCUAUAAAAUAUAACAGGUUUUAAAAAAGUUGUCUGAUAUACCUAAGUGCUAUAUUCAACACAUUGUAAAUAAAUUAUCAUUGCUUCAGUAUUAUUUUAUGAUGGAAUUACCAAUUUUACACAAGCCCAACACUGUUUAAUAAAAAGUGUAAUUAAAAGCCUUUUAAUCAGUAA